UUCUAAUUUUUAUUUUGAUUUACUUUUGUGUGAUUAAAUCGUAGUGUAAUUUGUUGCAUAAUUAAUUACGUAAUAUUAAUUAUGUGUUUACCCUUAAGACCGUAGGAAACAUUCAAUCAUGUCACAACACACCGAUAUAUUGUAUAUGUCGGAAUAUAUCAAAAAUACAUUAUAUUUCGCAAUUACAAGGCCUGGUAAAGUUUUUAAGAACACGUCGGAAACAUAUUUCUUAUGUAUAGAUAAUGAGCUAGUUUACGAAAACUAUUUCUCAGACUUUGGACCAUUGAAUCUAGGUUGCAUUUACAAAUAUUGCAAAUUAUUGAAUGAGAAACUUGAAAAAUGUAGGGAUAGUCAAUUCGUUGUUCAUUAUACAUCUUGUGAUCCUAAGAAGAGUACUAAUGCUGCAUUUUUAAUGGGUUGUUUCGGAGUUGUGUAUUUGAAUUUACGACCUAAAGAGGCGUUGAAACCCUUAUUACUCCAAGGCUAUAAUUAUCGACCAUUUCAAGAUGCAACUCCUGGCGAUUCAGCUUAUACCAUAUCUAUUUUGGAUUGUCUCAAAGCGAUGGAUAAAGCACGAGAGUUAGGAUUUUACGAUUUCCGAGAUUUCAAUUACGAGGACUAUGUUGCAUUGGAUAAAAUAGAAGGAGGGGACCUCAACUGGAUUGUACCUGGCAAAUUUCUCGCUUUCAUAGGCCCUGUUGACACUAAGGCUCCUAUAUACCACCGUCCCGAAGAAUACAUAAGUUAUUUUAAAGAAAAUAACGUUAAUGUGGUUAUUAGACUGAAUAAAAAAAUGUAUGAUGGAAAUAUAUUCAUUAGUGCUGGAAUACUUCAUUAUGAUUUAUUUUUUCUCGAUGGUUCUUGCCCACCAAAGAAUAUAUGUUUAAAAUUUCUCCGAAUUAGCGAGAGUAGUGUUGGUGCUAUUGCUGUUCAUUGCAAGGCAGGUUUAGGGCGCACUGGCUCUUUGAUCGGUUGUUACUUGAUCAAGCAUUAUCGUAUGACCUCUCAUGAGGCUAUUGGUUGGAUGAGAAUAUGUAGACCAGGAUCAGUAAUUGGACAACAGCAGGAGUGGUUGGAAAAACUUGAGCCGUGGCUGAUAAAACAAGGGAACUUGUAUAGGAAAAGGGUUCACGGAGAUUUUGACAAGCUUCCAGAGCACAAAUGUGGCUUGUAUUCUAUUACUGAAAAGGCUGCCAAGUGCCGGCCAGUUUUGUUUCAUAAGUCACCGUCCCCCCCGCCCCCAGUGCAAAGGCAAAACCGACUUGAUGGAGCCUCACAUUCUAGACCCCAAGCUUCAAAGAUAAUAAGAAGAGGAAAUAAUGCAGUUACUGUUGCGCCUGUCGAAAAGGACCAAUAUAUUUGGCGAGUAAGAUCACCCUAUAAGAAUUAUGGUCAAAGGAACACAAAUACAGAAGAUCAGAGUGAAACUAAGUCUCGUCGUACUUCUGGUUCCGGAGAAUCUAGACCCCGUUUGAUGUCACAAGAUUGUACAAUGUCUCCAUUCAUCAAAAGGGCAGUUCCUACCAGUGAAGAUUAUAAUAAAAUGACAAGUGGAUUUACAACUAUACCCACAUUUUGUACCACUCAGGGUCCUAUUGUUAAAACGAUUACCGAAGCUAAGGAGUUUCUUAUGAGGUCUAGUGCAUGUCGAGAAAAUUGUGGAUUCAUUCCUAGUCAUGAGCCAUCAAAGGAUCCUUAUAAAAAAAGAAAUGAUCAAUACCUUGCUUAUAGGAAUCCUGGUCGGAAUAUACCAACAUCAUAUACUAGCACAGUUGGAGGGGAUUUGCAAUCGCGCUACCGUCGUCGUCUCGGCCGGAGUCCUAGUCCAAUUCCACCUCGGUUAGCACUAGAACAGUCUCGUGCCACUAAUACAUUGUCAGUGAAAGAAGUAGCAGUUAAAAAGGUGUCUUCAAAGAUAGCAAUUCGUGACGCGUUGUCAAGACUGAAAUUGACAGCUCCGCGCUAUGGUUCGACGGGCGCCGGGUCUGUGGGCGCGGCGUCGCUUGGCGCGCGGCGUGUCGCACCUUCCGGCAAGCGCGCGCCCAGCACGCGGUCCGAUGAACGUAAUACGGCAACACAAGGCGACGUCCUCAACAGUAUUAAGUAUCAAAGAAACCAGUUUCAGUAUCCGUCACGAGAAAAUCAAGACAGAUUAAAAGAGAAGAACGCAAGUAUUGGACCGAUGAGAAUCUUCAAUAGACCAAGCUCUACGAAAGGCAGACACAAUGUGCAUACACCGUUCUAUUAAAUGUUGUGACUAAUGUAGUGAAAAUUACAAGUGAAGUUAAAUACGAAAUGAAUAGACUUGAAUUUUUUUGUUAUUAUACUUUAUUUACAAUAUAUAACUUGUAACAGAUAUUUUUACGUAC